UAAAUAUUUCAUUUGUGCGGAAUAAAUACUCAAGGUAUUGAGGAUCAAGCAAACAGUGCCAGGGCAGUCAUAAUAUACUUAUGCUAGGAAUCCCAUUGUUGGGACAUAUUUUUGGAAACUUUGCUUGGAUCGAGAACACAAUGGAGAAGAAAACACAAAUCAACUUUGGCGGUGAGGAACGCAAGGGAAACAGUGAAAAGGACGAAGAUAAGGAUGUCUUGAAAUUUAAUGCAACUGUCGCGCAUAUUUCAAGGAAUAUGUCCAAAGGCAACUGGACCUAUUUGUGCAAACAUCCGGAAAUACGCGCCAUAACUCGCGUCAUUUUAAUGGAGGUCAUCAAAACGCGCCCCAAUAACAUCUAUAGACUCGCAGCCUCGUUGUUCCAUUACGAAAAUAUUAAGAGAACGGCGGAAAAGAUCAACAAGCAAUUGAAGUGGGUUAACGAGCAGUUGAAGGGCGGCGCUUGGGUCCCGGCGGACGGGGAGAUGUUGUUUACGGAUAGCAGCGAGGAAGCGCUGUCGCUCUCUGUAGCCGACGAUAAAUGCCCUCAGGGAGCUUUCAAGAGCAUGUGCGACGUCGAGUCGGAGCCAAAGAUUUGUCCCGAAAACUUCAAGCCGAGCUGCUGAAGGCAUGCCGCUCUACAUUCGAGUUUUUUGGAAAAUGGCUUCAAAAGGCACUUACAAUCACUAUCCCCCGAAAUAUUCAAAUGCAAAAUUUAAAAUAAUUGUAUCGUGAAGUGGACUGAUGUUAAAAGGCAAUAUCAAACGUCCCUCUUAGUUAGGAACAAGUGGUCAAAUCUUUCUUGUCUUGUGGAAAAGAAUGAGCCCUAGAGGUGGAGAAAUAGAGUCGGCGAUAGUUUUUGGAAAGACGUCGGUGGUGCCAUCGAUAGUUUUUGAAAGUAUGUUGAUUUAAACAAAUAUGUAAUAGCGUUUUCAAUAAAUUAACAACAACAAAAUUAUAUAAAAGCAGGUAAAAUUUAAAAAAUUUCAUAAAAUUUAAUAAUAAUUUAAUUUAUA